UGCAAGAGGAAGUUUUGUUUCUCACUCGGUACAGUUUGGUUAAAUAUUCUCGGAACUAUUUGCAGGGUAAUAUCUGCCAGCAGAACAUAGGAUAAAUGAUACUGUGAGCACAGAGUGGCUGCUCGCGCCUCUUUUGUGGUUUGUACGGCUUUCUGUAGCCUCGUUAGCUACGGUGCUAAUCCCUCAGCGGCGUAACAUGACGCCAUGGAGGAACGACAGCUGAAGAGAAAGAGUCCCAGGACCUCCACCAACUCGGCCGCUCCUACGGGAGGCUCUAGCCGUAAGAACAGCGCUUCCUCCAGUGGAAGGCAUGUCGGUUACAGCCACAGCACGGGGACUCACUCCGGUCAGAGGGGCAAGAGUUCGGGAUAAAUCCAGGUACCAGGCGAGCUCGAGGGGCAGAGCCCAUCAGAAUCCGAGCCAGGCGCUGCCCACCAUCCAGCAUUCGUUCCUGACUGAUGUAUCAGACGUCCAGAAGAUGGAGAAAGGCCUCCUCAGUCUCCUCAAUGACUUCCACUCAGGGAAACUCCAAGCAUUUGGCAAUGAAUGCUCUAUUGACCAGAUGGAGCAUGUGAGAGAGAUGCAGGAGAAGCUGGCCUGUUUGCACUUUGACCUUUAUGGUGAGGUGGAUGAAAUGCCUGAAGACCAGAGGAAAACAGCAUCUGACACCAACAUGGAGAAGUUGCUUCUGAAUCUUGAGGAGCUGAGUUCUUCCAUCCAGAAACUAAAUCUAACGGACAACCAAGAAACCCUGAGAAAUGCCAGCGUGGAUGUCAUCUCGUCUCAAGUGGAACAGUGAUACAUCUUGUUGACAUUAUUUGUCUAAUGUAUGCUGAGGUUACAGUGAAGCUGAACACCAGCACUCCCUGUGUGUGCAGGAGCAGUGGACGUGUCAUCAGGUAACCAUCGGGGAUGCACUAGUGCCUUAAUUUCACCACUGACAACAAUGUCCUACAGUAAAUUCAGUG